CGGGUCAGGUGACCGCUGUCCCGCCCUCACACAAAGUCUGCCCAGCCCGGGAGCCCGGCACUCUCCGGAGCGACACCUGGCGCGAGGUUCACGCGUCCCGUGAGGUCGGUCCUCCGAGCCCCGCGGCGCUCGCAGUUCCGGGAAGCCGUGGAACAUGAGAAGGAAUUGGCUGAUUAUUUUUAUCCUUUUCUCCCUGAAGCUUGUGGAGAAAUGUGAGUCAACCGUCAGUCUCACUGUUCCUCCCGUUGUGAAGCUGGAAAAUGGCAGCUCGACCGACGUCAGCAUCACCCUUGGGCACCCGUUAAAUACUAGCUUGGUGAUCACUUUGGAAGUCACCUUCCGUUCCAAAAAUGUCACCAUCCUGGAGCUGCCUGGUGAAGUCGUGGUGCCUCCCAGAGAGACAAAUUCCACUUUUCAAGUGACGUCGCAAAAUGUUGGACAAGUCACCGUUUAUCUGCACCAAAAUAACUCCAACCAGACCGGCCCCAGGAUCCGCUUCUCAGUGAUCCGCAGCAACACCAUCAGCAUCAUAAACCAGGUGAUCGGCUGGAUCUACUUUGUGGCCUGGUCUGUCUCCUUCUACCCGCAGGUGAUCAAGAACUGGAGGCGGAAAAGCGUUGUUGGUCUGAGCUUCGACUUUGUGGCCCUGAACCUGACAGGCUUUGUGGCCUACAGCGUGUUCAACGUCGGCCUCCUGUGGGUGCCCUACAUCAAGGAGCAGUUUCUCCACAAAUACCCCAACGGCGUGAACCCCGUGGACAAUAAUGACGUCUUCUUCAGCCUGCACGCGGUUGUCCUCACUCUGAUCGUCCUCGUGCAGUGCUGCAUGUAUGAGCGAGGCGGCCAGCGCGUGUCCAAGCCAGCCAUUGGCUUCCUGCUGCUCUCCUGGCUCUUCGCAUUUAUCACCAUGAUUGUGGCCGCGGUUGGGGCCACCACGUGGCUGCAGUUUCUCUUCUGCUUCUCCUACAUCAAGCUCGCAGUCACGCUGGUCAAGUAUUUCCCACAGGCCUACAUGAACUUUUACUACAAAAGCACCGAGGGCUGGAGCAUUGGCAACGUGCUCCUGGACUUCACCGGGGGCAGCUUCAGCCUCCUCCAGAUGUUCCUCCAGUCCUACAACAAUGACCAGUGGACCUUGAUCUUCGGAGACCCAACCAAGUUUGGACUUGGCGUCUUCUCCAUCUUCUUCGAUGUCGUCUUCUUCAUCCAGCACUUCUGCUUGUACAGAAAGAAACCGGGGCUUCAGGCAGCACCCGCAGGUCUGGCAGCCAUCUCAGGCACGACUGGGCGCUAAGCUUGCAGUGGAGGCCUUGCCCCAAACAGCUAUUGUUUCUGGGAGCAGCGUGAAGGGCUGGCCGUAUAGCCAGCACAGCCAAGGGUGCUUUGCUGCCACCGCUGUUCUCAGAGACCCAGGGGCCAGAUGCUGUGGCCGACGGACCGAGGUGCUGGUGCUGGUGGCAGAGGGGCCAGGACUUCGGGGUUAGGCCUUGGGCUGCUUUGGCUGAAGGACACUGUUUCUGCCUAACUCGGCUCCCUCCACUGCAGGAGCAGUGGCUCGGGCCAGGGCCUGGUAGAGUAUUUCCCAGCCCCGAGCUGCCCAUGGGUUGGCUCAGAACUGGACUCAGGCCAGUGAGCCUAUCACACUAACUCCUUGCAGCCCUGGGCGAGGGAGGUUUCACAAGUGGCUGACUUGGUUCUGCCCUCUCUCCUACCUCUACUUUCCCCGAGCCCGGGGGCCCCAUGGGCGCAUGCCUUACUGCCCCUGUCUCCGCCAGUCUGUGCCUUAGGACCUGUCAGACCUACCUGAGCAGCGCUCCUGGAGUGAGGGGAAGGCCCCCUGCCCUCAUAUCCCCCAGACCCUGCCUGAGACCCCUUUGUGCUGUUCAGGAGCCUGCAGUUAGAACUUGAGCCCAAGUCACUCAGUCUCCACGGGCCCUCCCCUGGCACAGCCCCUCCCUUCCCAGCCAAGCUGAUCUUUGUGGUGGGUGGAAUGGAGGGGGAGGGUCCUAGGAGGUGCCUUGAGCUUGUCAAUCCACUGUUUUUUACUACAAAAUCCCUGUGAGGGGCCCAUGCCCUCGAUUAAACCUGACCUGUUUGUUUUCUGCGCACUCUAAGCACUCACGAGUUUCCAAGGCAGGUGUGGGACCUGCAGGGCCAAGUCCUUGAGGCUUAGGGAGACGCCUCGUUUGCCUCGGGUAAGGCAACGCAUAGGGCUGUGAGGUUUGCUGACCCAACAUGGCCGAGUGCUGACCCUGCACAUCAUCCAUCAUGGAGCCCUCUUGGGCAGGGCAAGAUGCCUGCACACCCAGGGCCAGGUAGGUCUCACAGGUCCCACGGCCUGCUGCUUGUGCUAUGGGUGUAAGCAGGGGCGGGUGAGGUGUGGAGGGCGUGCUGCCCCUGGGAGCCCAGCAGUGGAGGCCUUGCUCUGCAGAUCCUUGUCCAGUUGUAACACAUGCCGAAGAUGACAGCCAGCCCGUGAUGUCUGUAUAUGCUUUAAAAGAUCUCAGACUCUUGACUCUUCUUUAAGAAUCACAUCUGGCAGUGCAAGGCGGGUCCAGGAAUGGCCACACCUUCCCAGGGCUGGUAGGCAGGGGGCUGGGUACUCUGCUUGGACCCAACUGGCCAGACCUCAGCCCCUGGGGACAUCUGGGGUUGUGUCCUGGCUGGGGCAUGUUUCCCAUGACCCCCUGGGUGUAUGAGGCGCAGCCCAGGUGGGAGCUGAAACUGAAUUACACAGGUGGGUUUCAGGCAUUCAGGGCCCAGUCCCGGCCCCCACCCCAGUUCCAGCGCAGGUGCAUCGAGAUGCGGCCCUUGCCCACUACAGCGGUUUCCACAGGAGCUCCAAGGUCCCACCAGCUCGGCUUCCCUGGUAAGAGGACCUGGGAAUGGUCGGGCUUUGUCUUUUUGCCUCAGAGCAGCCAGGGACAAG